GUCAACGUCUGACCGUUGAAUAGUGUUAACCUUGUGAUUUCAAUGCCGGGUCGUAAUUUUAUUCUUGCAGAAGAAUAACAUAGGAUACCUGGAGCUCAAUGAAUUAAAAGUGAAUAAUGGUUCAAAAAAUGGGUCGCAUUGCUCGUCAGGCUAGAUCCAUCCCUGUCCCAGUUCUGACCCCUAAUGACGCAGCAACGGUCAUCAGUUCUAGCUCAAACCUGGAGAAAUCUAAACCUAGUUCGAGCUUAAACCUAGAGAAAUCUGAACCUAGUUCUGGCUCAAACCUGGAGAAAUUUGAACCUAGUUCGAGCUUAAAUCUAGAGAAAUUAGACUUGAACCUUGAAGAUUUACAUAAGCAUGAUCAGGAGAAGGAAGAAAGAAAAACACUCCUUGAUCUAGUUCUCGGUCCGGCAACAUUGAAAAAUAUGAAUUCUGACGAAAAUCUUAAUUCUUUCCCUACAGAGACUUUGUCAGAAACAUCCACAAUACAUCUAGACCAAUCUUCAUUAUAUUCUAAAGUUUUUAGUUUAGAUCCGGAAAUAUCCACUUUAGAUCCGGAAAUAUCCACUUUAGAUCCGGAAAUAUCCACUUUAGAUCCGGAAAUAUCUACUUUAGACCCGGAAAUAAGCGAGGAAUUGGGAAACCGACUGAGUGAAAUCCUAGGCUUGGAGCGAAUUAAAGAUGCAAAAAUUGAUAAUCUGCAAAGAAAGGGAAAUCCAGAAGGAAGUGAUUCUCAUAGUGAAAAAAUUGAUUCUAGUGACAACGAAGGGUCUGAAAAUAAGGAUAACCUGAUAUUAGAUCAAGGUUUGAAAGCAACAGAUGCAAAUAAGUUAGAUCAUCUACACACACAACAAGACGAAACUGAACUUUUAUCUGGAAUUAGCUCUAAAUCUGAAACUAAGAUUAAAUCUGAAACUGAGAUUAAAUCUGAAACUGAGAUUAAAUCUGAAACUGAGAUUAAAUCUGAAACUGAACUUGUACUUGAUCUGGAUUCUAAGAGCGGAGGUGUUGUUGAGGCUGAAGAGGAUGAUUACGAUUACUCCGACCUCGUUGAUUACGGACUGGAGGCUGAGGAUGAGGUUGGUGGGGAUGUGCUGGCAGGUCUAGUGGAGGACGAAUAUGAAUAUUAUGAAUAUGAUAUCGUUACAGGGUUUAUCAAGGUUCCACAGAACUAUUCAGGAUUACAGUUUAACGGACUUACAGAAAUUCCUCGACCUUGGAAUGCAAGAACAGCAUUCUUGGAGAAGGUUGCUGCUAAGAUAUAUAUGGUUGUUCCGGCAGUAAUUGGAGGAAUCCUACUCGGUAUUUUAUUCUGGUUAAUCACUGUAUUUAUUAUCAGGAGCUACGGUGUUAUUAAGAAGAAAAUAUUCGGAGAUAUUGACGCGAGGAAGAGAAAAGAGGAAGAAACAAUUCAGGGUUUACAAAUGUACCCAACAUACUCACUCAGGGCAAUGGGUGAAGAUAAGAUUGAUAUCAAUUUAGUUGAUGGAAAUGUUCAAAAUUUGGAAGAAAACGGUCACCAGUUCCUACCGAAGAUUUUUAUACCUGAGUCUGGGAACAGGCUGGACAACUCUGUGUUCCGGAAGGAAGAUGAAGGGUUCCAGGGGAGUAAUGAAAAGGAACAAUUUGUUCAAGUUCAUUUGGAACAAUCGUCACAUGAACAGUCAACAGAGUUUUGUGUGGGGGAGGAGGAAGGAGAAGAUGAGGAAGGAGAAAGUAUUGAAUCCGGGUCCAGGACCACGGAGAGUGCUUCUAGUGGGAUCGGGAUGAGUGAAAAGGAUUCGGACUUGAAUAUUUCCAAGAUGUCCGCUGUCUCGGAUAUUGUGAAGACGACAGUCAAAUUGCAAAAAGAAAAUGGAACAUUUGUUAAAGGGUCGUCUUCGAGCCAAUCAAAUCUCUCAAAAGGCAAGACUGAGGAGGCAGAAAAUCGGAGAUUUAGUGACUGAAUAGUUAAUAAGAUGCAAUAUUUACUCUAAACUGAAAAAACCGCAUGUGAUAAAAAAGCUGCUUUAGUUCUUAAUUUAUCUGGCUUUGAUGUCAAAGUGCCAAAAAAUAUUUCUGAGUGAUUCCUGUAACCCGUCCUCUAUAUUCCUAGUCAAAUUAUGAAUCGUAUAUUGCUGCAGAUUUUAUCAAUAAAACUAUUUUUAUAAUUUA